AUGGUGUAUUUAUCAUUAACUCGAUAUGCAUCGAUUGGGUUUUUUGGUCUUGGUAAUAUGGGUAAACAUAUGGUGAUAAAUCUUCUUAAAGUUAAUCAUAAUGUUACAAUAUUUGAUACAGAUUCAAAAACAUUUGAUUAUUUUAAAGAAUAUAAACAUGUUAACAUAGCAAAUAAACCAGAAUAUGUUAUACAACAAUCAGAUUUUAUUAUUUUAAUGUUGCCAAAUGGAGACAUUGUACGUAAUGUUUGUCAAUCAAAUAUUUUUCCAUUAGCAAGAAAAGGUACAUUUAUUAUUGAUUGUAGUACAAUUGAUUUACGAACAUCCAAAGAAUUAGCUAAAAUAGCUCAAAAUGAAAAACUUCAUUUUAUUGAUGCACCUGUUUCCGGUGGAGUCAUUGGUGCACAACAAGGUACUCUAACAUUUAUGGUCGGUUGUGAAUUAGAUGAUUUUAAAUCUAUUAAACCAAUUCUCGCUAAAAUGGGAAAGAAUAUUGUACGUGCUGGUACUAAUGGUAGUGGACUUGCAGCUAAGAUUUGUAAUAACCUACUUGCAGCUAUUAGUAUGAUAGGUACUUCAGAAGCAAUGAAUCUCGGUAUAAAACUUGGUCUUGAGAAAAAAGUUUUAAAUGAAUUAAUUAAUUCAUCAACUGGUCAAUGUUGGUCAAGUCAAAGUUAUAAUCCAUGUCCUGGUAUUAUUCCAAAUAUUCCAUCAAAUAAUAAUUAUCAGGGUGGUUUUGCAAGUGAACUAAUGACAAAAGAUCUUUUAAUUGCUCUUGAUGCAGCAAAAGAUGUUCAAGCGAUGACUCCUUUAACUGAACAUGCUACAAAAUUUUAUCAAGAAAUAUGUUCGAAUGGAUUGAAUAAAAAAGAUUUUAGUGUUGUGUUCCAAUAUCUUAAUAAAGAAUAA